AUGUCCGGCUCCGCCUCUUCCCUUCCAUCGAAACAAACCAAGCAAAGCCGGGCCCGAGCCGCCUCUUCGCAAGCCACUCCGACCCAAGACGAUGAAGCAACUGCUCGAUUUCCCACAAGUAGGAGGGGCAGAGAGAACAAUGUCAACAGCUCGAGCAAGCCAGUCGAAGAAGUGGCCUCCACUUCCAAGCAAAGCGACGGCCCAAUCCUCUUCGUGUUCGACUACCCGGUCCGCCCUUUUCCGGCCUGCCCGAGAUGCGCCCAAGUCAUCGCAAAGCCGCCCACCUAUCAACGAGACUUGGAUCUCGACAAGCACCUGAAGCUUCGCGAUGCCAUGCAGAAAAUCAACCUCAAAUGUCACCAGCUCUUCGACUCAACCAAGGCCAUCAAAGCCCAUCAAUUGAAGAGUCGCCACUACUAUCCUGAAGCUAUCCUGAGCUACUAUCCUGAGCGUCACCACGGGACCAAGCAAAUGGCGGACAGCCCCAUCAACACCGUCACAACCACCGAUCUCUCCUGGCUAUGGUUUCCACCACAUCCCACCUCUCCACCCGAAUAUCCACCAUUAGACCUCGCACAUAAACUUGGAUACGGAUUACCCCAACUAUUUGCCGCUCUCAUGGGUUUCCCGAUCAAUGCUGGGAUGCUUAUUGUUGCUCUCCGUCACACCACUGACCUUCAGAAUACUUUCUUCUAUUAUGUUCUUGCUCAAUUGUGUGUCCUAAAUUUGAUUCAAAUGAUUUCGCAUACAAUGGCUGCUGUGGUGACACUAGUAGCCGAUGAUGGACCUCCAUUCUCUAUACUAACGAUAGCUACCGGUUAUGCGGCUUGUUUUGCGUCGGAUCUUUUGCGUGGUGUGAUCGCUUUGCAUCGAAUGAUUCUCGUCGCUUUUCCGUAUACCUCAAAAAAUGUGCCUCGAGCUUUUUAUUUGCUAAUCCUUUUCUGUGACUUUUUUCUCUUCCUCUUUGUCACUGUUAAGGACUACAUCCCAAACGGAGCUGCCUACUUUUCACCGCAUGAGUUACUCGUCACAUUUUGCUGCUCGGUUUGCUGUUUCGUCGGCUGGGAGGUGGUAUUGCCGUACGCGGAUGGCUCGACUCCAACCGGAGCAGUGGCCAUCAAUUUUGUCUCUCAACUCCUAUGGGUACUCCAGUGUUCCCAGGAGCCCGGAGUGUUGUUCAUCUUUAAUCGAUCACUUCGCGGCGAGUUGGUUGGCGGGAAAAUUCUUCUUUCCCAA